UUUUUUUUUUUGAAUGAGAAAACUGAGGCCCCAUCACAUGAAGUGACUUGCCCACGGCUACACAGCUGGAUCAUUCUGGCUGCUGUGUUGACACAGACCGUGGAGAGUGAGGGCAGAAGCCGGCAGACUUGGAGGAGGCGACUGCACUAGUGUAGAUCUCCUGAGGGAGCUCACGCUUCUCGCUGCUCAUGCCGCUGGGACUGGGGCGGCGGAAAAAGGCGCCGCCUCUGGUGGAAAAUGAGGAGGCUGAGCCAGGCCGUGGGGGGCUGGGCGUGGGGGAGCCGGGGCCCCUGGGUGGGGGUGGGGCAGGGGGGCCCCAAAUGGGCCUGCCCCCCCCUCCCCCAGCCCUGCGGCCCCGCCUCGUGUUCCACACCCAGCUGGCCCACGGCAGUCCCACGGGCCGCAUUGAGGGCUUCACCAACGUCAAGGAGCUGUAUGGAAAGAUCGCCGAGGCCUUCCGGCUGCCAGCUGCCGAGGUGAUGUUCUGUACCCUCAACACCCACAAAGUGGACAUGGACAAGCUCUUGGGGGGCCAGAUCGGGCUGGAGGACUUCAUCUUUGCCCACGUCAAGGGGCAGCGCAAGGAGGUAGAGGUGUUCAAGUCAGAGGAGGCGCUGGGGCUCACCAUCACUGACAACGGGGCCGGCUAUGCCUUCAUCAAGCGCAUUAAGGAGGGAAGCGUGAUCGACCAUAUCCAGCUCAUCAGUGUGGGUGACAUGAUUGAGGCCAUCAACGGACAGAGUCUGCUGGGCUGCCGGCACUAUGAGGUGGCCCGUCUGCUCAAGGAGCUGCCCCGAGGCCGCACCUUCACACUGAAGCUCACAGAGCCCCGCAAGGCCUUUGACAUGAUUGGUGUACGCUCAGGGGGUGGCCGCCCAGGCUCUGGCCCCCAGCUGGGCACUGGCCGAGGGACCCUCCGGCUCAGAUCCCGUGGCCCUGCCACAGUAGAAGAUGUGCCCUCAGCCUUUGAGGAGAAGGCGAUUGAGAAGGUAGAUGACCUGCUGGAGAGCUACAUGGGCAUCAGGGACACGGAGUUGGCGGCCACCAUGGUGGAGCUUGGAAAGGACAAAAGGAACCCAGAUGAGCUAGCCGAGGCUCUGGACGAACGGCUCGGUGACUUUGCCUUCCCUGAUGAGUUCGUAUUUGACGUCUGGGGUGCCAUUGGGGAUGCCAAGGUCGGCCGCUUCUAGGCCCCCUUCCAGACCUCUCAGUGACCUGGCUCCGCUUGGUGGGAGCCCCCCGUGGGAGGGCCACCAUGGCCUGGACCCCAGCAUCUGGCUUGGACCUUUGCUCCGCACCCCAAGGAUGACACAGAGAGUGGAGGUGGGCCCGGGCCUCUGCCCCACUCCAAUCGGUACCACCCCUCCCCAGUUCCCACCCUGGCGGUGCCCGGUCCCCCCUUGCCAUGUUCCCCACCUACCUCAGCUGGGUCAGGCACAGGGGGUGGGGGGAGGGACCAGCCAGAUUGGGCGGCCACCCCCGCCCCCAACACUUUCCGCAUCAGCUGCCAAACUGGUCUCUCAUCUCCCUGGGGCUUGUUUGGGGGUCGUGACCUCCCUCGUUUCCUGCUGCAGGGAAUGCAGAAGGGGGGCAUCCCCCCCUCAGCAAAUGCAAUAAUGCCCUCCCCCGACCCCGUGCCCCACCCAGAGAGGAGCCCCCUCACCGUGGAGUCUGUUACCUCCGUAUUGGAAACACUAGUCUGCUGUGAACCCCGAACCUCCCUCCCUCCCCUGCCCUCUGUGUCUCCCUCAGCCCAGCCCCAGACAGAAGGGGCAGGAGAGAGGAUGGCAGUGGGCUUUUGUAUCUGAAUUUGCUGUCUUGAACAUAAAGAAUCUAUCUGCUGUU